UACAACAAGUGGAAAUUCUCACAGCUACACUUAUUCUAUUUGAAUUGAAGGUACUUUGACUUGAUUAAUCCAAUUGACUUGAUCUACUUUUGUAUUAUUUGAAAAUGAGUGGUAAAUUCGUUAGAGCUUCCAAAUACCGUCAUGUUUUCGGCCAAGCUGCCAAAAGAGAAGCAUGUUACGAAAACUUGAAAAUCACCAAAAACGCCUGGGAUUCAAACAUCAUCCAUACCAACGGUAAGUACCUCUCAGUCAACUGGGAUAUCUCUGGUGGUGGUGCCUUUGCAAUCAUCCCCUUGAACGAGGUCGGCAAGGCUCCAGACACCGUUCCUUUAUUCAGAGGACACAAGGGCCCAGUUUUGGACACCGCGUUCAACCCAUUUGACAAGCAACAAAUUGUCAGUUGUUCUGAUGAUGGUAAGAUCUUAGUAUGGAACAUCCCCGAAGAUUAUUCCUUCCACAAGUAUGUUGACGCCGACGACAACAUCAAGGACAUCACUGAACCAGUCAAGGUCUUGUCUGGACAUACCAGAAAAGUAGGACUUGUUGAAUUCCAUCCAUGUGCCAAGAACAUCCUUGCUUCUUCCUCGUUGGAUUAUACCGUCAAGAUUUGGAACCUUGAAACCGGUAAAGAUGUCAUCACUUUAGAACACAAGGACUUGGUCGCAUCAUUUUCCUUCAACUAUAACGGUUCUUUAUUAGCCACUACUUCCAGAGACAAGAAGAUUAGGGUUUGGGAUAUCAGAUCAGGUAAGAUCAUCUCUGAAGGUCCAGGCCAUAACGGUGCCAAGCCAUCAAGAGUUUGCUGGUUAGGUAACACCGAUCGUAUCGUAACCACUGGUUUCUCGAGAUUAUCCGAUCGUCAAGUUGGUAUUUGGGACAUUAAUAAUAUCGACAAGGGACCAAUCGACGGGUUCUUCAAUGUUGAUGCCAGUUCUGGGGUCCUUAUUCCCUCAUUCGACCCCGACACUUCAAUUUUGUAUAUUGCCGGUAAAGGUGAUGGUAAUAUCAGAUACUAUGAAUAUGAAAAUGACAAUUUGUUUGAACUUUCCCAAUAUGCUUCAACUGACCCACAAAGAGGAUUUGCCAUGAUUCCAAAGCAUUCAGUCAAUGUCAAAGAAAAUGAAAUUGGCAGAGUGUUCAAGACCGUGUUAGAUAACUCUAUUGAACCAGUUUCUUUUAUCGUCCCUAGAAGAUCUGAAUUGUUCCAAGCUGACAUCUACCCAGAUUGUCCUAGUGAACAGCCAGCAUUAACUGCUGAAGAAUGGUUGAGUGGUAAGGAAGUCAAUGGUCCUUUAUUGAUGAGCAUGGAGGCAUUGUAUGAAGGUACUGAACCAGAAAUCCAUGAAUCUCAACCAGGUGUCAAGGUUGACGAAGCUAAAGAAGAAGCCGAACAAAAGAAGAAGGAAGAAGAAGAACAACAACAACAACAAGCUAAGGAAUUAUCGCCAAAACCAGCCACUCCCCAAGUCAAGGAAGAUUCCGGUAGAUCUACUCCUGCUCAAAAUGUUGAUGAAUUAUUGAAAUCUUCCAGUGAAGUGAAUAGUUUACUUAAUAAGGUUGUUGAUCAGUCCGAUGACGAAGAUGCUGCCGAGUAUCACGAAGAUAAGGAUGAAAGCUGGGAAGAAGUUCCAAAGCAACAAGAAAUUGCCAAGGAAAUUCCAAGAGAAGAGCCAAAGGAAGUCAAGGAAGAGCCAAAGAAGGAAGAGCCAAAGAAGGAAGAACCAAAGAAGGAAGAGCCAAAGGUAGAAGCUAAGGAACAAGUUAAGGAAGAACCACCAAAGGAACAACCAAAGGAAGUCAAGGAAGAACCAAAGGCCGAAAAGAAGGAAGCUACUCCAGCCAGAGAAGCUUCAGCCACUCCAUCCACCAAACCAACUUUAGCUUCUACAAUUGAAAAAUUGGCCAACUUAGUAGUAAGCUUAGAAUCCCAAGUCACCAAAUUAACUCAAGCUGGUUUAGAAAAAGAUGAAAGAUUAGCAAGCUUAGAAGCCAAGAUUGAGCAAUUAUUAAAGAAGUAAAUGUAACAAGACACUAUAUUGUAUUUUUAGCUAUAACAAAAAUAAAUAAACAAAUUAUUCUCUAAUAUCGUAAAACUUUUUAAAUAACAAUGCAAUAAGAUUUGAACUAUCAAAUACCGCCAGUCCUUCAAACAUUUCAAUUUUGGGCAUGUUCUCAUAUUGAAGGGUUAAGAUCUCAUCCAAGGUGAGUGUCCCUGAUGCGCCCGGUAUGGCCACGGAACCAUUAGCAGCUUCAAUGGUGAACUUUCCAACUUCAUGACAACUAAACAAGAAGUCUAACUUGGAAGAUUUGCAAUAAUAACGAGUCAUCAACCCACCAACAUCAAGCAAAACUCGUUGUUCCAUUAAUCGUUUGGAUGAAUACUUGUAACUACCAAACCUAGGCAAUCUAUUCCGCUUUCUCAAUUCACGAUGGUAGAAAUAUUGUUUACUGAAAACAGGAAUGAUAUUGAAAAUCUUCUUAUCCUUGGGCUUGGUUUGUAAUUGCAAAAGCACAUUCUCGAUAUGUUUAUUGUAAUCCUCCAAUUGUUUACGAAGAAACCUCUCUUUAUCUGCCAACUUACCCGCGGUGGCACGGAUAACAUGUAAUUGUUGACGCCUUCUCUCCCUUUGUGUAUCCUUCGUCUUGAUAUCAACAGCAAUCUGGUUCAAGAUCUCUUGGAAUGAGUUACGUCUGCUGAGUUCUCCCAUAGAUUCAAGUUCCAAGAUAUGCGCCAACGCCAUCUUCUUCAAGUCAUGGUAGGUAAUCUUGGUCAAAUCACCAAGUGAUGAUUUAUAGUAUGGCCUCUUCUUCUCAUUCAAAUUCGACUCCUCAGCUUCUCUUCUCUCUGCAAGCACAAUCUCUUUGAACUUGUGCUCGUCAGCAGGCUGGAUCCCUGAAAUCAACAACUCCAACAAUUCAUCACCAGGUUGGAUCCGAAUGAUAUACAAAAUACACCUCUUCACCUGGGUAAACAAAGUCUUUGUCUUGGCAUCAACCACGGAAUCCUCAUUAGUAGCUGGGUUAAGAUUAAGCGUCAAUGCACCAAGAUCAGUCAAAAACAUCAUGUCGUGACUCGAAUUAACCAAAUUAUCCAACUCAUUAACCACCCGCAACAACUGAUCAUCAGUUCCUGGAACCAUAGAAUCGAUAUUCUGGGACACAAUCUUCUCCAAUGAUAUCAUGGUGUUUAUCUUCAUUGUCAAUUCAGGACGAUCGCUAAUAACAAUAUCCUCAUACUCAUUCAAUUCAUACUCCGCGUCAAUAUCUCGCACAUUGAUAACUUGACGAAUUAAACUACGCACCGAUUCAGUCGAGGAUACAAUAUAAUCAUUCAAUGGUUUAAGGAAAUUAUCCGAGAAUGGCUUCAUCGAGAACACUUGGAGCAUGACCCGACUUAAAUGGAGUAAAUUACCUCGAGCACGUUUAUUCUGAAUCUUUGGAUCAAAUGGAUCAUUAGUGGAAAUCCCGUAAUUUUCAGGAAUGUGCAAUAUCGAUGCAAGGUAAUGCUUAAAGAAUACAACUCCAGCAACGGCCAAA